CGGCGGCGGCGGCUGUCAGAGAUCCCCCUCCCAGCAUGCCGCGCGCUGUCAGCCUUAUAUAUCUGGAUCGUAGCUGCUCCGCGGAGGACGGCAGGGCAGCGGGCUGUGGGCAUCGCGACCGGCCUGCCCCCCGCCGUGGCCAGCAGCCAGCGCCCAGCCUGAAGAGUUCGGCAGGCAGAACUCAGCAGAAUGGAAAAGAAAUUGAAGAAUAGCAAGAUCAUCUUUGUGGUGGGGGGGCCAGGCUCAGGGAAGGGGACCCAAUGUGAGAAGAUUGUUGAGAAAUAUGGUUUUACACAUCUAUCCACUGGAGAUCUUCUGCGGGAAGAAGUCAGCUCUGGCUCUGAUAGGGGCAAGAAAUUGUCAGAAAUCAUGGAGAAAGGACAACUGGUACCCUUGGAUACCGUGUUGGAUAUGCUCAGAGACGCCAUGGUCGCCAAGGUUGAGACAUCCAAGGGCUUCUUGAUAGAUGGCUACCCUCGAGAAGUGAAACAGGGAGAAGAAUUUGAAAAGAAGAUUGGCUCCCCUACACUGCUGCUCUAUAUAGACGCUGGCUCGGAAACUAUGGUGCAAAGGUUGUUGAAACGAGGGGAGACCAGUGGACGGGUAGAUGAUAACGAAGAGACCAUCAAGAAACGGCUGGAAACAUACUAUAGUGCCACAGAGCCAGUCAUCAAAUUUUAUGAGGGUCGGGGUAUUGUACGCAAGAUCAAUGCUGAAGGCUCAGUGGACAGUGUCUUUGAAGAAGUCUGUACCCAUCUGGAUGCCCUAAAGUAAUGGGGUUUGGAAAACCCUAGUUACCUCCCCUAUUUCAGAGAAACUCAUCUCCCCCACUCCUCCAACCCCAAGACAGGAACAGCUGCCCCUCCUGCUUGCCCUUCCUAGCUCCUCCCCCACCUAGCCCUGAGCUCUGUGCUCAGACAGAGGAAGUGGCUUUAUCCUGUUUUCAUGGACACAACUUCACUAAAAGAAUCUCCAAGGACAUUUGGUUUUGGUUCUUUGAUUCAAAGUAAAGUUCACUGACAAUGUACCAACA